AAUUUAUUAAUUAUGAGUGUAUUAAAAAUAGCCACGGUCUUUAUAAACAUAUACUUUCUAAAUGCGGUUGUUGUGGUGCCAACAAUCAAGCUCAACACUGGUUAUGAGGUGCCGGUACUCGGGUUGGGCACCUAUAACGACACGAGCCAAGUGAUGAUCGACACCAUACAGUCGGCUAUCGCUAUCGGGUACCGACACAUCGACACCGCCGAGCUGUACGGCAACGAACAGGACAUCGGCAAAGGGCUGGCGCUGGCCAUAGCGUCGGGUGCAGUCAAACGCGCCGACGUAUUCAUCACCACAAAGAUAACGCCCGAGAAGAAGGACCGCAAACUGGCUCUGGAAGCCGUGCGGGUAGCGCUAGGCAAACUACAGACUACUUACGUUGACUUAAUGCUAAUACAUUGGCCGGCGGGCAAUGUGUCCGACAUAUACGCCGGUCUGGAGGACGCCGUGGACCAGAAGUUGGUCCGCUCGAUAGGUGUGUCCAACUUUGACGCGCCCGCCCUUCAGGCGCUGCUCAAGACAGCCCGUGUGAAGCCCGCUAUGAAUCAGAUUGAGAUCCACCCGAACACCAAUCAGGACGAGACUGUGGCCCUGUGCCAGAAGGAGGGGGUGGCGGUCACCGGGUACUCACCCCUGGGCACCGGCUCUUUGCUCAAAGAGCCCCAUUUGGUAGCUAUCAGUAAAGCUCACACCAGGUCUGCGGCUCAGGUGGCCCUCCGCUGGCAAAUACAGAGGGGUUUGGUUACGAUCCCUAAGACUACACAUAAGGAUAGGCUCAACGAAAAUAUUAAUGUUUUUGACUUUAAGUUAACCGAUAGUGAGAUGAAGACUAUUCACGACAUUAAGAAGUAAAUGACUUAUUAUUGAAA